AUGGAGCAGCCGGCCAUGUCUUGGUCGGAGAUCAGUGAGAAUACCCUCAUCACAGCCGGAGAAGAUGACUUUUCCAAUUUCCUCGAAUUCAAUAUGAACUUUGCCGACCUCGAAGGGCACGGACCUUUAUCACAUUCCCAGCUACACGAUCAGCAGCAACAUGCAAUGGUUCAUCCGCCCACUACCGCUCCCGAGACUACGAUGGCCUCUAAUCCAGGGUCACAUCUCCAGUAUGCUGAGUCUAUGGACGGUCUGGCCAUGAAUUUCGGCCACUCCCAGUCACAGCCCGGUCCAAUUCCAUAUUCUACCCCGGACAUAACUCCGGGCUUCUGCGCCCAAGACUCCUCCCGGCAGUCCAUGAUGUCGCAACAGCAAUCUCAGCCCCAGCAGUAUGUGCAGAGUCGCCAGAUGAUUCCUCCAACUCCCAACAGUAUCGAGAUGCACGGGGGUUCCAUCCGCUAUCCGCAGUCACAGCGAGUGGCCGAGAAUUCUGAGAUGUAUGAUCAAUAUACGCGCAUGAACGAAGAACAGGCACUAUACACUCCACUUAUUUCCCCAGCAAUGACCCCGCUCGAAAACCAAUUCAGACUGCCAGAAUAUACCAUCCCGGGCGAGUACUCCUUUAGUCCGCUCUCAUCACCGGCACUUGAGGCCCAGAAUGGCCGUCACGGGAGUAACACCUUCCAGCAAUACCACUCCAAGCAGCUACCCGUAUCUGAUAUCGGCUAUCUACAAAACAAUGCUGAGGUGAAUCAUCUGCCGGGAACUUCUGCUCCACCAUCUCCUAGUAUCAUCCGCAAACCCAAGGCCCGGCGCACCUCGACGGUCUCCCGACUCUCAGGACGAAAUACUAAUAAGGCGAGACAAUCGCCCUCUAUUAGGGCACAGACGCAGCGGAGAGGGAAAUCAGGACCCAACACCGAGGAGUUCUAUAACAGCUUGUCUCAAGAACUGAACAAGCCGCACAAUCAUGAUGUUUGCUCUAUUCAAAAUAGUAGCAAUGAGGACUCACAGGAUUCAGUUUCCCCUGAGGCUUUAUCUGACCCAUUGAUGCCACCUCCAGCACUUCCUGCCCCGCGGAAGCCUUCCAUAGGAUUAAGCAGAACUACUUCCCAAUCUUCAGGCACAGCCGCCACUCCAGCGACGUUGAUGCGAAUUUUACGAUCACAACAAGCUGAGGACUCGCCAGGCCACUUCAUUGGCAAUGCACAACUCGAAAUUCCAGAUGAAACCAUGGAAGAUAUCUGUCUCCCCGAGUCGGUUACUACACCUCAGACGUUGCGUCCAAAGCCCGUCAUUGAUACGAGAUUACACUCCAAUUAUACAGGUAGCCCCGUAAUUUCCGCGGCUGGCGCUCCAUUCUUGAGCCCCGGGUCUGUAUGCCCCAGUCCACGAACGCUCGCUAUGCCAUCUCCUAGUGGGCCAGUACCAAAGAAAUCAGAAUCAUCGCGUGCAUCAGGUCGGAAACGGCCCAGCAUGAGUUCCACACAUGCGAGCCCCCAAUUACGGCCAAAAAUCAGCCCAAGCAUCCAGCCUCUCAUGCGAGCCGGUGAUGCAGGUUUAUCGCAAGAUGCACUCUACCUAGCUUCCAAGUCUAACUACCAACACAUCCUCGACGGCACAUUACCAUCUGGCGUCUCAUAUCCAGAUAAUCUGGCCGAGAACCUAAGCUCCAAGCGCACGAAUCACAAGUUAGCAGAGCAAGGGCGCCGAAAUCGUAUCAACACCGCCCUCAAAGAAAUUGAAGCGCUUAUUCCACCCGAAUUUAUACAAAUCAGACAAGCCAAAGAAGCUGCCGCUACAGGGGUCACCCCUGCAGAAAAGGAAAAAGAAAAGUCAAAUCAAACCAUCAGCAAGGCCAGCGCGGUCGAGAUGGCCAUCGACUAUAUUAAGGAUCUGCAGAAGAGCCUCGCUGAGGCUAAUGCAAAACUGGCCAUCCACGAGGCCAAGGCUCUCGGCGCUGCCAGCAAUGGAGAUACACCUGAGGUUAUUGAAAAAGUUGAGCAAUUGACCAGUAGCUCCACAACUGAAGCUCACUUAUGA